GGCAAUAACAAAAAAAAAUUCACUUAUCUUACCGCCGAAAGUAUGAUUUUGUACAGCGGAAUUCAUACAUCUCGAAAUCACACCGCCUACGUAGAAAUUUUCGAAAAAAAAUUAUGUACCAUAAAUAAAUCAUAGUAAAUUUACCAACCCUCUGGAAGCAACCAGACUUCAAGAACGGAAGGAAGCAAUCCCACUCCCGGUCUCCCACUCCUCCCCCUGCCCCACGCAAGGCAUCCCGACCGCCUCGGCGCCUCCCGCUCAAAAUCCCCAGCCGCGCUGCGCUCCCUUCCCCCCUCGCGAGCGCCGCCGUGCCCCCCAAGCUCGCAUGAGGUGCGCCUCCCCGUGUCCGCAGCGAUGGGAGCUCAGCAGAGCGUCAACGCUGGGAAAGCCAAGGUGGAUGUGCAAGUCGACCUCACCCACAUGCUGUGCGAAGCGCUGCUGCUGCCGCCCCUCAGGAGCUCCGGCGUCGCAUUCUCGCAGAUCGUUGGAAGGAUCUCUCUCAAACAUCCAAGCCUCUUUGGGAGGAGUGAGAAGUUGGAUGUAAUACUAGACAAGGGAAUCAACGACUCCAAUGUUGUUGUUGCCUUUAGACGCCCAAGGCCUGAGUGGAUGCCACAGCAAUCAUUUGUAAUUCAGCACUCAAUGACACCAGAAAUUGCUGUGCAUGGAUUUCCGGCUGACAACUUCACACGAUCAGGGAGCAGAGGGAUAAAUCUUAGCAGGUUGUUGUUUGGUUUGGAGCUUAAUGAACCAGCAACAUCAAACUGGACUUCCGGAACCAGUGUGAAGUUUGAGCAUAUACGGCCUGUUAAUAAUCAGGGCCGUUCCAUAGCCAGAGACCAUGAUGGCUUUCCUCUGACGUGCAGCGGUAACCUCCAUGACAACAUGAUUAUCUUGAAGCAAGAGUCUGGUUACGCAGAUGUUAAUGAUAAUAGCUUCUUAAAGGUUAACUUCCAAAUGGAACAAGGAUUGCCACUUGUACCAAAGUCACUGACCUUCAACAGAGUUAAAUGUUCUGUUUCAAAAGGCGUUAAGUUGGGACCGACAUUUUUGGUUACUAGCUUGACAGGCGGUUCUAUUGUCGGGGACAUGGCACCAUAUCAAGCAUUUGCGAUUGGUGGACUUGGUAGUGUCCGAGGUUAUGGUGAGGGUGCAGUUGGUUCAGGGAGAUUAUGCCUUGUUGCUAACUGUGAAUAUACAAUUCCUCUGGCAAAGCAUCUCGAGGGUUCUAUUUUCAUGGACUGUGGCAGUGAUUUAGGAUCUGCUCGUCAUGUCCCUGGUAAUCCAGCUCUACGGCAGGGGAAACCAGGAUUUGGUAUUGGAUUUGGAUACGGAAUUCACUUUAACACAGACCUAGGUCAGAUCCGUGUCGACUAUGCUAUGAAUGCAUUCAGUCGCAAGACCAUCUACUUUGGGAUCAACAGUGGUGGUGGCUCAUAGAUUAUGAAAAACAAACCUCUCACUUAACACAGACUUACAAUUCAAAUUGAUUUUUUUCCCGUAGACACAGAACCCCCCUCCCUCACUUUCUUUCUUGACAGUGAGUUCUGGACACGCCAGCAAAAAUCAUCUUGUUUGUAUAUGCUGGCAUUAAAAGAUGUAGUUGAGAUGCAUGCCCUUUAUUAUCUGUUGUUUUAAAACUUAAAUAUUUUUUUUUGUUAGAUGUUGAACAAACGUUGCGGAUAAGAUUGGCAUGAGUAGAAGUAGAACUGCUCCAAAGAUUGUUCCAUUACAUUAUAACUUUAUUAGGUUCACAAAUAUAUUACAAAUAGAUAUUUAUGGUCAAAGUCAUAUUGUGGAAUUGUGUCAAUGUGGGACGCCA